CGAAAUAAGUAUUAAAGUUAUUGAACCAUUAGCUUUCCGAAAAUAAAUAAAUUUUUUCAAUUAUUUAAAGCAUUACUUUCGUUAAGUCAAUUGAAAAUACAAAAUUUAAGUUAAUAAGAAAAGCUAACCUAUUACAUUUUUGCAAUUUCUUGUGAGUCAAUAAUGGCUACCAGUGACAAAACCGUCGACGAUUCUCUAUACCCAAUUGCUGUUCUUAUAGAUGAGCUAAAAAAUGAAGAUGUUCAGCUUCGGUUGAAUUCCAUUAAGAAGCUUUCUACUAUUGCACUAGCACUUGGAGAAGAACGAACCCGAUCCGAAUUGAUUCCAUUUUUAACUGAAACAAUUUAUGACGAGGAUGAGGUAUUAUUGGCAUUAGCUGAUCAAUUAGGCAAUUUUACAAGCUUAGUUGGUGGUCCUGAAUAUGCCAUGUAUUUAAUACCACCACUUGAAAGUUUGGCUACCGUUGAGGAAACCGUUGUGCGUGACAAAGCGGUUGAAUCUUUGCGUACUGUAGCUGCUGAACACAGCGCUCAGGAUCUUGAGAUUCAUGUUGUACCAACUCUACAACGCUUGGUUUCUGGAGAUUGGUUCACUUCCCGUACUUCUGCAUGUGGAUUGUUUUCGGUUUGCUACCCUAGAGUAUCGCAAGCGGUUAAAGCUGAAUUACGUGCAAACUUUCGUAAAUUAUGUCAAGAUGAAACACCAAUGGUACGCAGAGCAGCUGCUAGUAAACUUGGAGAGUUUGCAAAGGUCGUCGAGAUUGAAUAUCUAAAGUCAGAUCUUAUUCCAAAUUUUGUUCAAUUGGCACAAGAUGAUCAGGAUUCGGUUCGACUUCUUGCAGUGGAAGCAUGCGUUAGCAUUGCGCAGUUAUUGCCUCAAGAAGAUGUGGAACAUUUAGUUUUGCCUACAUUGCGUCAAUGUGCUAGUGACUCUUCAUGGCGUGUUCGGUAUAUGGUUGCUGAAAAAUUUGUUGACUUGCAAAAAGCAGUAGGACCUGAGAUAACACGAGUUGACUUGGUGCCCGCAUUUCAAUAUUUACUUAAAGACGCCGAGGCUGAGGUUCGUGCAGCGGUAGCUACUAAAGUCAAAGACUUUUGUGCCAAUUUAGACAAGGCUAACCAAGUACACAUUAUAAUGACUUCAAUUCUACCAUAUGUCCGCGAUUUAGUAUCAGAUCCCAAUCCACAUGUUAAGUCUGCUUUGGCGUCAGUUAUAAUGGGAUUAAGCCCAAUGCUUGGUGCCUACAACACUGUAGAACAUUUAUUGCCUUUAUUCCUCAUUCAGUUGAAAGAUGAAUGUCCAGAAGUGCGUUUAAAUAUUAUUUCCAAUCUUGAUUGUGUUAAUGAUGUCAUUGGAAUCCAGCAAUUGUCACAAUCUCUAUUACCAGCUAUAGUUGAGCUUGCUGAGGAUUCAAAAUGGCGUGUGCGUUUAGCAAUUAUUGAGUAUAUGCCAGCUCUUGCUGGGCAAUUAGGACAAGAGUUCUUCGAUCAAAAAUUACGUGGACUAUGUAUGGGGUGGCUGAAUGAUCAUGUAUAUGCUAUACGUGAAGCUGCAACUUUGAACAUGAAGAAAUUGGUUGAACAAUUUGGUGCACAAUGGGCAGAACAAGCCAUUAUUCCAAUGAUCUUAGUGAUGUCUCGCAAUAAAAACUAUUUGCACAGAAUGACUUGCCUGUUCUGUUUAAACAUGUUAGCUGAGGUUUGCGGAACAGAUAUUACUACUAAAUUGUUGCUCCCGACUGUAUUACUAUUGGCUUCAGAUCCUGUUGCUAACGUCCGCUUUAACGUUGCAAAAACUCUUCAGAAGAUUUCACCCUAUCUUGAUAGCACAGUUAUAGAUUCACAGGUUAAGAAAACGUUGGAAAAACUAAAUGCUGAUACAGACGUUGAUGUUCAACAUUUUGCUUCUGAAGCUAUAGCUGGGAUUGCUGCAGAAAUGGAUAUGGAUAUAUUUCGAACUAUAGUACCUCCUGUUCUGGGUAUCGUUGAAGAAGCAGCAACUGCAGCAAAGUUGGCUACAGCUCCACCUACUUUUCAAGAUGAAAAUAAUCUAGAAUCGUAAACACAAAAAGUUUGUCACAUUAUUUUUGAUUUAUAUUUUUUCCCCAUCUGUAGUUGAAGCUAAAAUUGUAAAAGAGUAAAUCGUAUUGGCUCGAAGAGAUUACGGUUAACAACCUAUACUUAAUAAUCCAGAACUAAAAAGUUACCAGUCCAGGACAUUAUCUAACCAUAAAUGGAUUCGGUGUGAACAUUGAUAAAAUUAGAUUAAGAAAUUUAAUUCAUUUUAUUAUAACUAAAAAGUAUAUUAAUAAAAUUCAAAUAAAAACAAAUUAAUCUUCA